AUGACCCUGACAACCCCUCCAGAGGCUGACAGACCUAUAGACAACCCUCCAGAGGCUGACAGACCUAUAGACAACCCUCCAGGGGCUGACAGCCCUAUAGACAACCCUCCAGAGGCUGACAGCCCUAUAGACAACCCUCCAGAGGCUGACAGACCUAUAGACAACCCUCCAGAGGCUGACAGCCCUAUAGACAACCCUCCAGAGGCUGACAGCCCUAUAGACAACCCUCCAGAGGCUGACAGACCUAUAGACAACCCUCCAGAGGCUGACAGCCUUAUAGACAACCCUCCAGAGGCUGACAGCCCUAUAGACAACCCUCCAGAGGCUGACAGACCUAUAGACAACCCUCCAGAGGCUGACAGACCUAUAGACAACCCUCCAGAGGCUGACAGCCCUAUAGACAACCCUCCAGAGGCUGACAGACCUAUAGACAACCCUCCAGAGGCUGACAGACCUAUAGACAACCCUCCAGAGGCUGACAGACCUAUAGACAACCCUCCAGAGGCUGACAGACCUAUAGACAACCCUCCAGAGGCUGACAGACCUAUAGACAACCCUCCAGAGGCUGACAGACCUAUAGACAACCCUCCAGAGGCUGACAGACCUAUAGACAACCCUCCAGAGGCUGACAGACCUAUAGACAACCCUCCAGAGGCUGACAGACCUUCAGCCAUCACCAAAUAA